UACUAAGAGGUAGGCCAAUUUCACCAUCAUCACGGGUCACCACUCUAAAUAACCCUGUAACUACCGAAAGAGAGGUCCAUUGUGAGACUCGGAAGUAGAAGAAAAGCUUGUGCCUUUUGAAGAGUUGUGAAAUGGGUUACAUUCAAGGAGCCGGAGAAAUUCAAAAGGAGAAGGAAGUGGAGAAAGCUUUACGCAAAAAAAUGGAGAAGACAGCGGAAGAGAAAUGCAGGCAAUAUCUCUCAAAAUUUACUCAAUGUGUUGAUGAAAAAAGAUUCUUCCGUACGAUGCGUUGUAGAAAACAAUCUAAAGAACAUGAAAAAUGCUUACAUCAAUACAACAAUGACACUGUUUUUGAAAAAAUGAAGAAAGAAUACAUGGGUCAAGAGCAGGGGAAAUGACCUGUUCUUUGAAGUGACUCAAAUCAGCAAAAUCAGCAUCUGGACUGCAGAUCGUGUCUAUUGGUGUGUUUCUAUUGGUGUGUAUGUCUAUAACACUUUUUGAUUGUUGGAGCAGUGCUUAUGGCUUCUAUUGAUUUUCCCUGCAUCUCUGAAAUGUACUUUGAACUGUAGUUAUUUUCUGGAAAUAAAAAGGGAGUCAUUUGAAAAAGGUGAAAUCACAAAAACAUUCACUGUAGGAUUGCAUAUUUGCAGAGCUUUGGUUGAGUUUUAUGAAUUUACCAGUUACACUGCUUUAGCUAUCUUCAGCAAUGUAGUGGAGAGUUGGGGAAUUUCAAUGAAAAAUUUAGCGUUUUUCUCUGUUUUUAACACUUA